AUGGAUAUUUUCGCGCAUUCAGGCUAUCGAGAUUAUGUUUGGGCGGUUGAACUGAAUCGAUACGGUUUGGAGUUUGUCGGUUUAUGGCCGAAAACUGACGACGCAGUCAAUAGCGCUGUUUCCGAUAUCCGCGCGCUUGUUACUUUUAUUCUAGUCGCUUUCUUUUGCUUUAUUCCUCUUCUAUGUUCUCUCGUGCGAGUGUGGACUGAUAUGAUACUUAUCAUAGACAAUCUUCAAGCGACUCUACCGGUAGGUGUGAUUUUGCUGAAACUCAUCGUCAUGUGGUGGAAACAAAAAGGCGUUUUGCUCAUUCUGAGAAUGAUAGCGGAAGAUUGGAUCGAAGUAAAACUAAACGCGGAAAGAGACGUGAUGAUAAGACGAGCACGAUCUGCUCGUUUAAUCGUGAUCUGCGGAUACCUUUCAAUGCUAUUUGCUUAUAUCAUGAUCAUCAUUCUUCCUGCGUUCGGCUUGCACUACAGAUAUAUAACGAAUUUCACCGACGGAGACAGACAGCUGCCGCUGCAAACGCAUUAUUUUUACGACACGAAUAAAAGUCCGCAAUUCGAACUCACGCUCGCAGCCCAAGCCUUAUCGAUAUUUUUGGGCGUAAUCGCAUAUGCGUCGGUGAACGCUUUUUUUGGACUCACGAUCUUUCACAUUUGUGGUCAGUUGGAGAACUUCAAACGCAAAUUGCUCACCUUGAUUUCAAAUAACAAUUUCGACUGCGCUUUACGUAAUAACGUAAAGAUUCAUCUACGACUAAUAAUUUCUGGUAAUGACACGAAUAACAUACCUUUUUCACGAAAAUGUUUCCAAGUUUUGGUUGUUAUUAUUUUGUUGUCAUAUACGUUUCUUUAUUGUGCUGCUGGAGAAUUUGUAACAGAGCAG